CUGGCGUCCUCUGAUGACGUCCUUGUUUACCAGAGUGGUGUUGUUUAUGAUGAUGAUGAGGAGGAGGAUGACGACAAUGUGGAGUUCCUGAAAGUGUACUGAGGUGUGAUGGCUUGUGGUGAGCUGACAUUCAGCAUGUUUUCCGUGCUCUGGUGUCACCAGGUGUAGACUAACAUUUUAACUUUAGGUGUUGACGUGAUGAUUAUGAUGAUGUGUUGUCCUUUUGCCAUGGUUUCCUGUGAAUCCUGCAGCCUGCAUAUCAUAUCAUAUAACACACACACACACAUACACAUACAAUGCGUGUAAAAAAAACAAUGCACUUGCACACAACCGUGCACACACAAAGGCAUAGCUAGUUAGCUGGACGCCAGAGAGAGUGUGACAGGCUUGGUGGCUAGCUAGAACUGCUAGGGGGAGUGUGACAGGCUUGGUGGCUAGCUAGAACUGCUAGGGGGAGUAUGCCGAUCUAGCUAGCUGGCCAGACGUGCUAGGGGGAAUGUGACAGGUCUAUAGAUAACGCGUGGGGGGACGUGACCAUAUAAGUCGGCAACAUGAGUCAAUGCAGGCCUUCAUGGGAAGUCAUGAUUCAUGCUAGCCGCAUUUAACCCUCUAGUGUCUGACAAUACACUGGCAUGCACCACACACAAACACGCACACGCUCACACAAACACACACACAUGCUCACACCUCUGUUGCUCAGUCAUAGCCCGCCACCCUCACAGCCGCCGGGAGAUAGAAGUACGGGAGCGUCUGAGAGUUACCGAGCGACGGGUGGAGUUCAGGCCAUGCCUCGCGUUCUGCUGAGGGCGUGAGCGGGAUGUCUGUGGAGGCGCGGCCCGAGGCGUCCCUGUACGUGUACGAGUCGACGGUGCACUGCAGCAACGUGCUGCUGGCGCUCAGCUCCCAGCGCGCCCAGGGCCUGCUGUGCGACGUGCGCGUGCGCGCCCAGGGGGAGGAGUUCCGCGCCCACCGUGCCGUGCUCGCCGCCUGCAGCGAGUACUUCCUGCAGACGCUGCUCGACCACCCCGAGGACGGGCUGGUCCUCAGCCUGCCCGACCAGGUGAGUCCCGCCCCCGCCGCCGCCGCCGCCUCCGUCCUAUCAGGGGAGGGGGUGCGGCCCCAGCCCCUAGCCCCGCCUCUUCCGUCCUAUCAGGGGAGGGGGUGUGGCUUCAGCACCUAGCCCCGCCUCUUCUGUCCUAUCAGAGGAGGGGACGUGGCCCCAGCCCCAAGCCCCGCCUCUUCUGUCCUAUCAGGGGAGGGGGAGUGGCUUCAGCACCUAGCCCCGCCUCUUCUGUCCUAUCAGGGGAGGGGGUGUGGCCCCAGCCCCUAGCCCCG